AUCGCAAGGAUGUCUUUGUCAUUUUAAAUAGUCUUUGUAAUUUGCUUUGUAAACUUACGUAUUUGUUUAACAUACAUGUAUGGUACUGUUGUAGUCCCUAAAUGUGUAUGGGAAAUAGUCUCUAAAUGUGUAUGGGAAAUAGUUAAGAUUCUUAUUUUUGCGAUAAUACUGCAGAGUUUUCAUUCAUAAAAACCCUUUGCCUCUGACCUCUUUCUUAGGAAUUAGGUGAUCUAACACUACUUGAUACUACUGUUUAAUAGACAUUCCGGAUUAACAGGUGGCGCGUAAUGAUUUUCCCAGAAUCUCAUCAGCGCUGCAAUUAUGUGUGAAUUUUGCUGCCAUACUGUACGUUCAGCAGUAUAUUGAGAUGAAUCCAGUUUGUAUUUCACUUUCCUAAUUGAGAGAAAAAUUUCCCGAAAAAUUUCCAACUAUCAGAUGAGAGAUUCAGCACUUUUGACUCUUGUGUUUCACAAAUGUGGCUUGUUUUUAUGAUUUUAACAAUCAGUCCUUCUGGAGAGUGUAUGUAUUUCUCUGGAAUUUACUAUUAAGAUUGAUAAAUUCAAGACAGUUUUUCAAAUAAUAUAAUAUGGAGAUUUAAAAGCAUUGAUGCAACUAUUUAUAUUGUUAAAAAUAGACUUGUUUUGUGUGCCAUUGCUAAUCUCAGUGUUCAAAGGAUUAAAUUCGUUGAAAAGUGCUCUAAGCAUAGUGAUUGGCACAGUUUAUUGAUUAAAAUGUUAAAAAAAUUUAAAAAACGAAACAGUUUUUACAUACAGCGGCUACCUUUGUAAAAAUCAGAACUUAACACGUAAGGUUAAGUUUGAGCAUCUAUCCUUCAUAUCUUUACGCUCUCUAGAGAUGCCGGGUGUUACCGGAAAGCACGUUUCCACGUGUUGUCCUCUGCUUUUACAAGCACGCCCGUGUCUGUAGCCGUGCUGUGUGUCUGGGUGGUGAGUCCGUUCUGGGUUUAUCGCUCGCUCUUAGGUCCCUUGGACAGCCUCGGGUGCCUCUCCAGCUGGUACAGCCCAUUCUUUCUGACCAUUAGCGUUUCUAUUGAGAUAACAGCGUGCUUACUCAGCUCGCUCGUCUCUCUCGUGGUGGGCGUGUUCAGUGUUCCGCUUUCUGCUGCUGCACUGAAGCACGCUGCACAGAUGAGUGACGAAGAGGAGGACGACGGCUGCGACCUUUUUGCCGACUCUGAGAAGGAGGAGGAGGAUGCCGAAGACGUUGGAGAGCACUCUAGACCCAGAAGGAGCAGGCCUACAUCAUUUGCUGAUGAACUGGCGGCUCGGAUCAAAGGGGACGCCUCGGGCCGGAUGGAAGAGGAGCGCACAACCUUAUCCCCAGGGGAAGCAAAACCUCAGAAGACGUUGAAGGAGAAGAAGGAAAGGAAAACUCCCUCAGAUGAUGAAGAAGAUAACUUAUUCGCACCCCCGAAGCUGACAGAUGAAGACUUCUCGCCGUUUGGUUCUAGAGGAGGCCUGUUCAGUGGAGGGAAGGGACUUUUUGAUGAUGAGGAUGAGGAGAGUGACCUCUUCACAGAAGCCCCUCAGGAGCGGGCAGCGCGAACCCCUGUUAAUGAAGCAUCUUCAUCCUCUAAACCUGGAAAGAAAAUCCCGGCAGGAGCUGUUUCUGUAUUUUUAGGGGAUACUGACGUGUUUGGUGGCGCCUCGGCCCCGGCACUGAAGGAGCCCCAGAAGCACGAGCGGCCCCCUCCAGGGAAAAGCGCGCACGUCCCAGCAUCUGCUGGCCUCUUCGAUGACGACGACGAUGAUGACGACUUUUUCGCGGCAUCCCGUAGCAAACCUCCCAAGACAGGCAAAGUCAAACCCACUUCCAGCAUCUUUGACGAUGAAGGAGGAGAUCUGUUCAAAGAAAAAACAGUGGCUUUGCCAGAAGCGACUGUGAGUCAGACGGACGAAGAUAAAGCAAGAGCAGAAACAAAGGUUACACUACCUUCCAGCAAAAAUCUCAAGCUUUCAUCGGAAACAAAGACUCACAAAGGUUUAUUUUCAGAUGAGGAGGACUCUGAGGAUUUGUUUUCUUCUCAAAGUGUGAGUAAGCCAAAAGAUGCAACUCUGCUGCCUGGCAAACCCCCCAGCUCAGUCUUGCUUUUCGACGAUGAAGAUGGACAGGAUAAUCUUUUUGAUACUCCAGCUGCUAAGAAGCAGACAUCGGCUCUACUGACUCAGAGCCAAAAGAAAGCAAAGCCCUCUGAGCCUCCCAAAAAGAAAGCAUCUGCCUUACUGUUCAGCAGUGAUGAGGAGGACCAGUGGCAUAUUACUGACUCUCAGACCAACUCGACAUCUGACAAGUCUAAAGGAGAUCUUAGAGACCCUGAGACCACCCACCAGGAGGUUAAGGCCGUGAAGAAGACCAGCCUCUUUGAGGAGGAUGACGAGGAUGACCUGUUUGCUGUUGCCAAGGACAGCCAGAAGAAGGCCCAGAGAGCGUCACUGCUGUUUGAGGACGACGGUGGCAGCGGAAGCUCUCUGCUCGGCUCUCCUCCCGCAUCUGCUGCUCCUGCAGCCACGAAAAAAGAGACUGUCCCUGAAGUACCGCCUUUGCUGUUCAGUGAUGAAGAAGAAAAGGCGGCGCAGUCUGGAGUGAAACCUGCAGCUAAGAAGGCUGAGAGUGCCAAGGGGACCUCAGAAUUGGGGAGAACUGUGGUCAAGGAGCCAGGAAAGGAAGGAUCUUUGAAUGCACCUACUCAGGAAACAGCCAAGAACUCUGAUUUGUUUUCCUCAUCGUCCCCAUUGGACAAAGGGCCUAAAAGUAGAACCAAAACGGUUCUUAGCUUAUUUGAUGAGGAAGAGGAUAAACCAGAAGAUCAAAGCAGCUUCCAGGCUCUGAAAAAGGAAGUAGGAAAGAGUCCUGAUCCUGGUACCCGCCCCAAGAGCACAGGUGUCUUUCAGGAUGAAGAGCUCCUUUUUAGUCACAAGCUCCAAAAGGACAACGACCCAGAUGUUGACCUUUUCUCUGGCACCAAAAAAUCCAGGUUGUUCGAGCCCAGUGUGGGGAGCCUGUUUGGAGACGACGAAGACGACGAUCUCUUCGGCUCUGCCAAGUCGCAGCCUUCGAUCCCAGAAAAGAAGAAGGUAGUGAAAAAAGACAACUCUGUCUUUUCCUCUGUCAAGAACCAGAAGCAUCCUGAAUCCACUCAGGGUAUCAAAGAAAAAGACAUAUGGAAAUCGGAAACAUCUCAGGACUCACCAGGUCCCGCUCCACUUAAAACCAAAGAGCCAUCCCCUCGGAUCUGGAAAAUACAAGCCAAUUUAGCGAUCAACCCAGCAGCCAUGCUGCCUCCAGCAGCUCCCCAGAUCUCUGGAGUGAAGUCUGUUUUGCCAGAAUCUGGUGUUCCUUCGUCUGAACCUGGGAGGAUGCAGAGUCUGGAAAGUGUGCCCACUCCUGGGAGUGGGGAGGCUGGUGUGAGUUUCGACCUUCCCGCUCAGGCAGAUACCUUACACUGCGCAAACAAGACCCGGGUCAAAGUGAGAGGGAAGCGCAGACCACAGACGCGUGCCGCCCGGCAGCUGGCUGCCCAGGAGUCCACUGAGGCCGAGGAUACGGGUUCCCCCAUGGGAUUUGUGGCACAGUUGACAGAUGGUACCACAUCACCAGAUGGUCGUCAGCCACCGCUGAGGGCAGUUGGUGGAGCAGACACCCCUGAAGAAGCAGUGGCAGCUGCCACUCCAACGUGGGCAGGUGGUCCUGUGCCUGGAAUGAACAGUGGCCCGUUUGUGAAAUCUGUGGGUCAGCCUCUUGAGGAUGAUCUGUUUGAUUCUGCAGAUAUCUUUUCCAAGGGCAUUGCAUCUCAGUCCUCAGGAAGAAGAAAAACCAAGGCGAAGGCAGCCGGCAGCCUGGCCAGCCUGGGGGAGGGAAGUAAAGACAGACGCUCCAUGUUCCCUGCUCUCGGUGAGGCGGGCAGUGACGAUGAUCUCUUUCAGUCUGUGAAACCAAAACCAGCAAAGAAGACAAAUCCUUUCCCUCUCCUGGAAGAUGAGGAUGAUCUGUUUACAGACCAGAGAGGCACGAAGAAUGGGUCAAAAUCCAACAGUCAACAGGAUGUUAUCUCAAAGGCACAAGAUAUAUUUGAGGAUGAUAUAUUUGCUACAGAAGCAAUUAAACCCUCACAGAAAACAAGAGAGAAGGAAAGAACAUUUGACUCCAACUUGUUCGAUGAUAACAUUGAUAUCUUUGCUGACCUAACUGUAAAACCAAAAGAAAAGUCUAAAAAGAAAGUGGAAGCUAAGUCUAUAUUUGACGAUGAUACAGAUGAUAUCUUCUCCUCUGGUAUCCAGACUAAGACAACCAAAUCAAAAAGUGGAUCUUCACAGACAGUGACUGAAUCAAGAUCCGGACAGAAGGUUUCCAACAUAUUUGAUGACCCCUUGAAUGCCUUUGGAGGCCAGUAGAGUGUCCAGGGUAUCUUUCAGCUACAUCCUUGAGUCAGUGAUGCUGUCUUCUGUGCUCCUUAACUGAAUUAUAGAAAACAAAUACUGAAACAGCUUGCUCACCUCUUACCCAGCAUACUUAAUAUUUUUCUGUACUGGUUUUAAAAUCAUGCUUAAUUCUGCAAACAAAAAUAAAUGUCUCACAGUGUUACUAUU